AUGCCUCAGCUCAUUAAUGUUCUAAAGGGUGAUAUGAGCAUCGUUGGACCACGGCCACAGCUUCCUGAAUUCGUUGAACACUAUACUCUACAUCAAUUGCGUCGCCAUAAUGUUAAACCUGGCAUGACGGGUCUUGCCCAAAUUCACCAGAUCAAGCUGUUGGGGCAAGUCGUUUCUCAGGCUCUGAACCUACCGAUACCAAAUCUACCAAUCAUUAAUAGUGUUAAAAUCGGCCUGCAAUUGAGUAUGUUGUUAAAGAAGCUGUAG